GGGAACGCGCGCGUAGCUGUCAGUAGGAAAUGCAGGCGGCUGCUGUGAAUGUACGCCUGUGACUGCUAGUUUUGAAUAAAUGACAUCAAGAGAGUUUAUCUGCAGGCGGAAUGAACACAACCACAAGGAACAUUUCCUGAUUUAGCUCCUCUCCUCCGUUCAGCUGCGCCUCUUCCCGUCUUCAUUUCAAGAAGGAGUUAACGGAGCCGGAGCUGUGGCGAGGAGACGCAUGGGCAGGAAGCCCCUGGAGGUCCAGGCGGACGGAACACAUUGACGCAGUGGGUGAGUUGACCAGCGGUAGAAGAGAGAUCAGGGUGGAACCAUGGCUGAACUGUCCACCCUUUCCCCAUCACCACAAGCAUUAGGAGAUUCUCAUUCAGCUCCCUCGCUCCCUCCACCUUCACCGGUCCUCCCUGCUCCAGAUUCUGUCAGAGAGGUGCCUCUAACCAAGUCAUCUGUCUAUGGUGACAAAGUUUUGAUUGGGAAUACGUCUGUGGCACAGUCAGGGAGUUCACCCUCAAUAAGAAAGCCAUUUGUGAGUCUUCCUAAACCCAGUGCUAAGACCCCUCUCCCAACAUUGGUACUCGACUCUGCCUCCCAGAUAAAGGUAGCAGCAGGGAAGGAUGCAGAGACUGGACUUCAUACAGAUAAACACAAGCAGUUAACCACUGACACAGCCAAGAAAGAGCUCUUGAAGGCCAUAACAAAGACCCCGGCGCCAUCAAAUGAGACUACGGCUCAAAGCACAGUGAAAAAUACACCCCACUCUCCUGAGCUCAGUCCGGGUCCCAAUCUUUACCCCAGUGUGCAUGUCACUGCCAACCCCAUUUCUGGCUUGGAUAAUGGAGAAAUUACAGGGAGUAAACCCAACACCGCUGCAGGUUCCCACCCUGUAUCUGCUCCCCCAGCAUCCAUCUGUAAUACAACAGCAGCAGACAGGGAGGUGGUCCAGCCACUACAGCAAGCACAAACCCCUCGAAGUCCGCCACCUCUGCUGCCCCAAAAACCUGACAAUCGCAGUGGAGAAAGGAACGCGGAGCCCCCCAGCACCCCCACCAGAGCUGAACAUUCAAGUCCUACUCUGCCACUCAUCCAAGAACCACCCUGCUUCCCUCCGUACAGUCCCAACCCUCGACCAGCUCCUGACACCCUCAGCUACCUGGAGUCAGCCAGCAUGAUGUCGGGGACGUUAGAGUCUUUGUCUGGGCUGGGAGACGACGGGAGUUCCAUUGGCUCGGACUCUGAGGUCAACGGCAUGGCUAUUAGACGCACUGAUAAAUAUGGCUUCCUUGGUGGUAGUCAGUACAGUGAAAGCAGUGAUAAGGACGUGAGAGUCGAAGUGGCCAGACAGAGGGAGAUAAAAUGGCUCGACAUGUUCUGUCACUGGGACAAGUGGAUCAAGCAUCGUUUCGAGAAGGUGAAGUUGCGGUGCAGAAAGGGGAUUCCUUCAUCUCUCAGGGCCAGAGCCUGGCAGCUGCUGUCCAAUAGCAAGGAGUUUCUGGAUGCCAACCCUGGAAAAUUUGAGGAGCUGGAGAGGGAGCCGGGAGAAGCCAAGUGGCUUGACAUUAUAGAGAAGGACCUUCACAGACAGUUCCCCUUCCAUGAGAUGUUUGCUGCUCGUGGUGGACAUGGGCAACAGGACCUCUACCGGAUACUCAAAGCUUACACCGUCUACCGUCCUGAUGAGGGCUACUGUCAGGCUCAGGCUCCAGUGGCUGCAGUGCUGCUGAUGCACAUGCCCGCUGAGCAAGCUUUCUGGUGCCUUGUCCAAAUCUGUGAGAAGUACCUUCCUGGUUACUACAGCGCUGGGCUGGAAGCGAUCCAACUGGAUGGCGAGAUCUUUUUCUCCCUGCUAAGGCGCACUUGUCCCAUGGCGUACCGUCAUCUGAAGAAGUUCAAGAUCGACCCGAUUCUGUACAUGACGGAAUGGUUCAUGUGUAUCUUCUCCCGCACACUCCCGUGGGCCUGUGUGCUGCGUGUAUGGGACAUGUUUUUCUGUGAAGGAGUAAAGAUUGUCUUUCGUGUGGGUCUGGUCCUGCUGAAGCAAAUGCUUGGUUCUGUGGACAAACUUCGUGAACUGCAGGGCAUGUAUGAAACCAUGGAGCGUCUCAGGAGCAUCUCCCCCGACACAGUCAGAGAGGAUGUGCUGGUCCACGAGAUAAUCUCACUCCCAGUGACUGAGGCUCUGAUAGAGAGGGAGUGCAGCGUACAGGUGAGGAAGUGGAGGGAGUCCAGAGGGGAACUGACACACCAGCCAGGUCGCCGCCUCCACGGUACCAGGGCUAUCUACGAGUGCAAGAGGCGUGCGGCCGCCAUCAGCUCUGGUGGCAGCUUCUCCUUCUUGGGUAGUUCAGCGCCUCCACCAGGACCUCUUAGAGCCUCUUCCAGCCUCCUCUCACUUCCUGGCUUCCGCAGGUCCAGGGGAACUUUCCACUACCAAGCAAAGAAAAGCUCCUUUUCAGGGCCGUCGGGGAAGGACGCCGUGCCGCCUCUGUCGCCCCCUGCAGGUGUGUCAAUUACAAGCAGAUUCUCCAAUCAAAAACCGCCUAUUCCACCUGGGACGGGUUUGAAAGCAAUGUCGCCGCAUGUUCAGAGCCCUCUCGCCGGGAAAGAAGCCGUUGCAUCACGUGAGGCCACUCCGGCCUCAGAAGGAACCUCUGAACAGCAUCAGCCUGGUGCUUUGGCCCCGCCUCAAAGUACGCCAACACCACCGCCUCAACCCAGCACGCUGUCCCCCUCCCCGAAGAUCGUCUCUGAGCAGAUCACCCUCACCAUCCCCUCCCCUACUGCAAACAACACGCCUCUACCACCCUAUCCUGAUGAAAAGAAGAAAGAUGUGGAACCAGCCACGGUGGCCGCUCCUGCAGAAGAAGAAGGGAAGAAGAAGAAGAAAAACAAAGAAGACAAGAAGAAAGAAAAGGAAGAUGAGAAGAAAAAACUGAAGGAGAAGAAGGAAAAGGAAAAAGCAGAAAAGGAGAGGCUCAGGAAGGAGAAGGAGAGGCAAGAAAAAGAGAAGAAGAAAGGGGGGAAGAAAAGGGACAAAGGGGGAGGAGCCACUGAGGACAAAAACGGAGCUGCAGCACCGCGGGAUUCGGCCUAGAUGAUUCCUGUGCCAUUCCAAGAUUUUAUAAAGGGAGGCAA